GGGAGUACAGGGGGUGGGGGUAAGGGAGGGAGGCAGUCAGGGUUCAUGCCUAGAAGUUGGAGAGCUGCAUCAGGGCCAAGAUAGAGCAGGGUCUGAGAGGAAACCUGGGAGCUCAGGCUGCCCUUCAGCUGCUCCUGCCUCUUCUAAUCCCUCUUCCACAAGGGACUCUGCCCUUCUACACUUCUAUUCUCUCCCUCCUGACCUUCCUGGGCCUGGAUUGCAGUGUUGUAAGGCUUCUGAGCAGGUUCUGAAGAAGAGUAAAGAUCACAAGGCCUAUAACAGACCCACAAAAUUCAGGUCCACAGACAUAGACCUCCAUACUCCAUAAAGUUGAAGGGAGAAGAAAGAACGAGAGUAACACCAGCCCAGCCAUUUGAGUUGAGACUGUAGAGCAUUCACACAGAGAGCUGUGUAGAGAACAUCCCAUGGAUUUUGUCAUGAAGUUGCCACAAAAGGUUUGGACACUUUUCACAGACAUUGCAAAAUCUCUCAAGCUCCUCAUCAGCUCCUUAUUUAAAAAUUUCACUGUUGGUGAGUCAUCCUAUAACAGCCAGAACUCUUCCUCUCCAGACGUCAUUGAGAACAUCGGUAGGGCGGUGGCAGAGGGGAAUCUACAGAAAGUGAUGAGCAUAGUCAAAGAUGAAAUGGAGAGUAAGUCUAGAUACACAGUAAAGAUCGCUGUGACUGGGGACUCUGGCAAUGGCAUGUCAUCUUUCAUCAAUGCCCUCAGGCUCAUUGGACAUGAUGAGGAGGAUUCAGCUCCCACUGGGGUGGUGAGGACCACCCAGAAACCAGCUUCUUACUCCUCUUCCCACUUUCCCUAUGUGGAGCUGUGGGAUCUGCCUGGCUUAGGGGCCACAGCCCAGAGCGUGGAGAGCUACCUGGAUGAGAUGCAGAUUAGCACCUAUGAUCUCAUCAUUAUCAUCGCUUCUGAGCAGUUCAGCUCAAAUCAUGUGAAGCUGGCCAAAGCCAUGCAGAGGAUGAGAAAGAGGUUCUAUGUUGUCUGGACCAAGCUGGACAGGGACCUCAGCACGAGUGCCCUCACUGAAUCCCAGCUACUACAGACUAUCCAAAAGAACAUCAGGGAGAAUCUCCAGAAGGAUCGGGUGAGGGAACCCCCCAUGUUCCUCGUAUCCUGCUUUAGUCCCGUUUUUCACGACUUCCCAGAGCUUAGAAACACACUGCAAAAAGACAUCUUCAACAUCAGGUAUAGAGAUGUCUUAGAGACCCUUUCUCAAGUCUGCGAUGAGUGCAUUAGCAACAAGGCGGUCUCUCUGAAGGAGGAUAGGAUGUUCACAGAACACCUGGAGGCAGCUGUCAGUCCCACAUAUGAUACUGCUGACCUGGAGAGGGGUCUCAAAACCUACCAGAAGUACUUUGGUGUGGAUGAUGAGUCACUUCAGCAGGUAGCUCAGAGCACAGGGAGACUGGAGAUGGGCUCCAGGGCCUUGCAGUUCCAGGACUUGCUCAAGAUGGACUGGAGACUGAGGCUGAUGAUGUGUUUUGUUGUGAACAUGUACCUCAGGGUUCUUGCAAACUCAUGGUGGUUUGGCUUGUGGAACUUCAUCAUCCGCUUCUUCAGUCACCAGAGACACAAGCGCAUCAUUGAAGUCGUCGAGAAGAACACCAAGACCACCCUGAGGAGAGCUCUAAAGGACUUUGCCCUCCCGCCUGAAAUCCUUUGGGAAGGGUCUGGCUUACCCUCAAGUGGAAUUCAGGCUGCCUCGGGGUCUUUUGCCUAGAGUCCUAGCUAGUCACUAGAAAGUGAGGGCUGUAGCAACAGCUUGUAACAAUGCUUAAUAAUUUUAGAGGACUUCUUAAGGAAAUCGCUCAUCUUCCUGUAUUCAACUCUAAUGCCCUGUUCCUUCUUCAUAGUGCAAGUAUUUGCUGAGAUCAUCAGCCAAGCUUUCCUAGCUCAGUACCUAGAUUUUUAUGCUUUUAGUCUUCAUUGUGACUUGUGUUUAAAUCAAAUCUUUUCCCUCCUAAAACAUUAAAAGUUGCCUUCAUCGAU